UGCCAGGGCGGCGGCCCGCGGCGGCUGAUGGUGCCUGGCGACGACGGGGAGCCCAGCUGCGACGUCGACGAGCGCGCGCGGCUGGUGCCGGGCGAGGAGGCGCGGCGGUGGCGCGCAGGCGCCGCCUGCGGCCAGGAGGGGCCGGCAGCGCCCCGCCGCCGCGGCCUUCCGCCCUCGGCCCUCGGCCUCGCGCGGCGGCCCGCAGCGGGCCCGCGGCGCGCCUCGUGCGCGCGGGCGGCGGCGGCCAUGGCGGCCUUCGGGCUUGCCGCGGGGCUCGCGGCGGCGGCGUGGCGGGGGCCGCCGGCGGCGGCCGCGGCGAGCGGCCGCCGGGGCGGCGUCCGCGCCACGGGCCUGAGGGCCGCGGUGAAUCUCGGGGCCAGCCCCGGCGAGGCGUCGGCCCCGCCGCCGGUCGAGGUGGGCAAUACGACUUCAGAGCCCUUCGAUUGCGACGCUGGCUACUCCAAUUGGGAAGCGGCCUGGUCGGACAAGAAAAAGGAGUGGUGCUGCGACAAGAAGCAGAUGGGCUGCACCACGAAGGUGCCUCCCGGCGGCGGUGCCGCGCCGGCGUCCACCAGCGGCCCGCCGCUGCCGCCCGGAGGCGGUGACGACAGCGCGCCCCUCACCACGGACAGCGGCGGUGAGGACACCACUGACGGGGACGUCGCUCCAGGGGCUGCUGCCCACGACGCUCCGCCACCGCCAGACGGAGGUGGGCAGCCAGCACCCGCCACCGCGCCCUCCGACAAGGGCGUCAUCCUCGUGGUCGACACCUCCGUCGCUGGUCCCAUUCCGGGGGCACCGUGUGAGUGCACAGAGACCGUGUUGGACGGCAGCUUCGCCCCGGGCGACCCGGGCGCCUACGGCACCUGCGAGGCGGGCGAAGUGGGAUGCUGUGCACGAUCAAAUUAUGUGAAAUGCGAUGGCGCUGCUGUGCUGAUGCCGACCAGCAGCGUUGCCGCACUGCCGGCAGGCGGCAUGCCUUCUGACGAUGGGACAGUUCCAGCGCCAGCCAGCACCCUUGCCACGGUGGCGGACCACCGGGUGAUGGCGCUGUGCAGGGACCCAGCGAGACGAUUACCCCACUACCAUCGGACGAAGUGGGAACCGCCACUACUGCCGAUGACGAGUCAUCCGACAGCAAGAGCGGGAACCCGGUGCAUGGUAAUGGCAUGCCCCUUCCGACACCAGCCGGCAGUGGCACGCCGGAGCCCAAUAGCAGCAGCGGCCUCCUGCUACCACCAGACGGCACGCCUUCUGACAAUGGCACAUCGACGCCAGCCGACGACCUUGCCGAUGGUGUUGCGCCAGGACCCAGCGGCGCGAUGCAGCCCCUGCCGCCAGACGAGACACCCAUAAGCAACAGCACGAUUCCAGUGCCUGGCGACGCAAUGACCCCGUUGCCACCAGAUGGAAAUGCUUUGACGCUUCCCAGCGGCAGCGGUCAUCCGCUGCCGCCAGGCGGCAUUGCUUCUGAUGGCGGUGCGAUUCAGACGCCAGUCAGCACCGAGGUGCUACCAACAGACGACGGUGCUGUCCCGAAACCAAGCGGUGCGGUCCCCCCACUACCGCCAGACGAAGUACCUGUUAGCGAUAGCACGAUUCAAGCGCCUGGCAACAGCACCCCACUACCGCCAGACAACGGAGUCCAAACAGCGGUCCCGAUACUACCUGCAGACGCGUCGCCCUUUGGUGCGCCUUCUGACGUCCCUGGGGGCCCACCACCGCAACCACCAAGCAACCCACCUUCCGAGAGCGGUGCCGACGCAGCAGACCCCCCGCUACCUGGUGCGCCUUCUGACGGCCCUGGGAGCCCGCCACCACUACCGCCGAACAAUCCCCCUUCCGACAGCGGUGCCGACGCAGCAGACCCACCGCUACCUGGUGCGCCUUCUGACGGCCCUGGGGUCCCGCCACCACUACCACCGAACAACCCACCUUCCGACAGCGGUGCCGACGCAGCAGACUCACCGCCACCAUCAGGCGGAGCACCACUGCCAUCGCCGCAACCACCAGACGCCAAGCCUGACGGCGACGACAACCCAGCAGCGCCGCACCCAUCACUGGACGCCCCGCCUGCUCAGGGUGGUGCUGCCUCAGCGCCGUCACCACCAGACGCCCCUCUGCAUAGCGGUGCUGAUUCCGCGCCGCCAUCACUACCACCAGACGCCCCAGCUGCUGAUGGCGGUGAUGGCUCAGCGGCGCCGGGAGUUGCAGUUCCCAGCGGGGUCCCCGUGCCAUCCUGAAGUGUGAGCACGUGGACGGCGGCAAGCAGGAGCUGCAGACCACGCGCCGAUGGGGAACGACGGCUGCGAAGGCCAUUGGAGUCGCUCGUCGCCGCUGGCGGUAUGGCCAGGCUUCAUAUCAGGCGAAGGACGCCCACGUGCUUGAGAUGUUGGAAAGGUCAAUUCGCGAUUGUGUUUUACCAUUGGAUUAUCCUCAAUGAAGUAUCCAUGCUCUGAGAAGGUAUGGCGCUGACUGCAUUAGAAUAUUGCUUAUCUUCUGCCUGCAGUGCCUCCAGGGGUACGCGUGCUGCCACUUCCAUGGCCCCGCAAGGCGUGCGACUGCGUUUCGUGCGCGGCUGCCGCCAGCCAUUGUUUUCCAAGAGCAGUGCGACCCACUGCAUGCGUAAUUAAAGCGACGGGUUCCGCUGAUCCCAGGGUCAUCACGUUGCUUCUCAUGUGGGCGACGCCAAUAAGGGUUGCCGAUUGCGCGGGCAUGUGCGAGUAAGAUGCCUACGCAAGGUCGCGCGUAAGCGCACUCGUUCCGACGCCGUGUGCAGCAUUCGAAGCUUGCGUAAGCAACCGCGCAAGGUCGCCGGUGUGCGUAAGGCCAUCAUUCUCUCCGUCGCUCAUUCGUUAUUCCGCUCAUGUUUUCCCAAUGGUCGAACGCCCAACCUUUGCAGGCGGGGUUUCAUCGGCGGGAGAAGAGGCGCAGCGUGCCGCCUCCAGGGAGCCUUUGCUUGGACGGUCUCCUUCCAGCUUGCUCCCACACAGACCCGAACUCCUGGGAAAUCUUGUGCUUGGCACGCUAGCGAUCAGCUUCCAUGAGGGUAGCUGUAUCCUGCGUGUGACGCACCACGUAGCUAGGACAUCGUACAGUAGUCGGUGCACCAGAUGGCCAGAAAAGGUGUUGCAACAACUUGUGGGAGCUGGAGAGGAUGUGGUGGAUAGGACGCGUAUACACGGCAGAGAGCAGCGUCG